AUGGAACCCCAUAUCGGCGCAAUUGUCGACACACCUGCCAAGGUACUCGAACUCCUCGAAAUCGUCAACUCACCGUACCUCAAAGUCAACUUCGACAUCAGUCAUUUUGAUAUUGUGGGUAUGCCGACGGAAGAGACGGUGGCGGCGUUAGCAGCGGUAUCAGCACAUACACACGUCAAGGACCAACGGGGGACUGCCCCUGAUCACGAGUUCCUCAUCCCCGGCGAAGGUCCUUUUGAUUAUGUCGACUAUCUCAAACGGAUGCAAGCACACGGUUAUGACGGAUUCAUCACCUGCUGA